AUGGAAAAACGUGAGACAUUCAUACAAGCAGUAUCUAAGGAGCUGAUUGGAAAAUUUUUGCAAUUCAUUCAACUUGAUAAGGAUACUUGUGACCCGUUCAACCUAAAUGAGUUGAUAGAUGAAUUAUCAAGGAAGCAGAAAGAAGAACUAUGGCAAAGGCUCAAGAAUUUGCUAGUAGAUGUGUUGCUGGAGAGCCCAGUGGAGGGGUGGCAGACAGCAAAAGCCUCCAGUGAACACAGUAUGAAAGUAGAGCAGGGUUCAAAGAUGCAUGGAAACAUAGAAAUAAUCCAUGCAGUUACAUCUGUGAUUCUUGCUUCUAUGUCGGUAAUAAAUGAAAGAGAGAACUAUGAAGCCUUACUGGAGUGUGCUGUUAUAUUAAAUGGAAUUUUGUACGCGCUGCCAGAGUGUGAGCGAGCGCUGCAGGGCUCCAUCCAGGACCUGUGCGUGAAGUGGUGGGAGAGAGGCCUGCUCGCCAAGGAGAACAUGGGCAAGACUGCCUUCGUCAUGCUGCUGAGGAGGAGUCUCAGGACGAAAACAGGUGCAGACAUAUGUCGGCUGUGGCGUAUCCAUCAGGCUUUAUAUUGCUUUGAUUAUCAUUUGGAAGAAAGUAGAGAAAUUAAAGACAUGCUGCUUGAGUGCUUCAUAAAUGUCAAUUACAUCAAAAAAGAAGAGGGAAGAAGAUUUCUUAGUUCUCUCUUCAAUUGGAAUAUAAAUUUCAUUAAAAUGAUUCAUGGGACCAUUAAAAACCAGUUACAGGGAUUACCAAAAUCUUUGAUGGUACUCAUUGCGGAAAUUUAUUUCAGAGCUUGGAAAAAGGCUUCAGGGAAAAUAAUGGAGGCCAUCGAGAACGACUGCAUCCAGGACUUCAUGUACCAUGGCGUCCACCUUCCUCGGAGGUCUCCAGUGCACCCUAGAGUGCGCAAGGUGCUGAGUUACUUUCACCAUCAAAAGGAAGUUCGGCAGGGAGUGGAGGAGAUGCUUUACAAGCUGUACAAGCCCAUCCUUUGGAGAGGAUUAAAGGCCAGAAACUCGGAAGUCCGGUCCAAUGCUGCACUGCUGUUUGUUGAAGCGUUUCCUAUCCGGCAUCCAGGAUUUAAUGCCAUUGAGAUGGACAGCGAGAUUCAGAAACAGUUCGAAGAACUCUACAGCCUUUUAGAAGAUCCUUACCCGAUGGUCCGUUCCGCAGGGAUCCUUGGUGUUUGUAAAAUAACCUCCAAAUACUGGGAGAUGAUGCCUCCGACCAUUCUUAUUGAUCUCCUCAAGAAGGUAACCGAGGAGCUGGCAUUUGAUUUGAGCUCUGCUGAUGUGCGCUGUUCUGUCUUUAAGUGUCUGCCAAUAAUUUUGGAUAAUAAAUUGAGCCACCCGUUAUUAGAACAGCUUUUGCCAGCAUUAAAAUACUGUCUCCAUGACAAUUCAGAGAAAGUGAGGGUGGCUUUUGUUGAUAUGCUGCUGAAAGUUAAGGCUGUGAGGGCUGCUAAGUUUUGGAAAAUAUGCCCCAUGGAGCACAUUCUGGCGCGUCUGGAGUCGGACUCCCGACCGGUGUGCCGGCGCCUGGUGGGGCUCAUCUUCAACUCCUUCCUGCCGGUGAACCAGCCUGAGGCCGUGUGGUGCGAGCGCUGCGUGGCGCUGCUGCAGAUGAACCACGCAGCCGCGCGCAGGUUCUACCAGUACGCGCAUGAGCACACGGCCUGCACCAACAUAGCAAAACUGAUCCACGUGAUCCGCCACUGCCUGAACGCCUGCAUCCGGAGAGCCCUGAGCGCCUGCAGGGAGGACGCGGAGGAGCCGGGGAAGGAGAACACUAGCGCUCUGGACCAGACGCUGUCAGUGAGCGAUGCUGCGUCCAUGGCGGGGCUGCUGGAGAUCGUGGUGAUUCUCUGGAGGAGCAUUCACAGGAGCCUGGAGAAUAACAAGGAGGCCCGAGUGUACACUGUCGACAAGUUUGCCUCAGUGCUGCCACAGUACAUGCGCGUGUUCACGGACGACCGCUGCAGGACCCCUCUGUGCGUGCUGGCGUCCCUGAUGCCCGCCCCGGCCGUGCCCGUCUUCAGCUGCGGUGUGAUUUCCACACUGAGGAACCAAGAGGAGGGAGCCGCUGGCAGGACCUACUGCACCUUGCUGGACUGCCUCUGCUCCUGGGGCCACGUGGGGCACGUCCUGGAGCUCGUCUGCGACUGGCUGCCCGAGGGGCCGCCUCAGAGCAAGGGCAACUUGGCCUCCAAGCGGAAAGUGCGGGUCCAGGACCCCUGUCCGGUCAAACCUGGGCUGGCACUGGUCUAUGUGGAGUAUUUGCUAACCCACCCCAAGAACCGCGAGUGCCUCCUCUCUGCGCCCCAGAAGAAGCUGAACUGUCUUUUGAAAGCACUUGAAGCAUCCAAGGGGGAUCUGGAGUCCAUUCUGCAGUCGUCAGAUGGCAGCCCUCCGCGCCUGAGUGAGGGUACCACCCUGCGGGCCUUCAGCCUCUACUGUCGGCUGAGCAUCCAUCUUCAGCACAAGUUCUGCUCAGAAGGCAAACUUUACCUGUCCACUUUGGAAGACACCGGGUCUUGGUUAGAAAGCAAAGUUUUAUCUUUCAUUCACGGUCAAGACGAAGAAUACCUGAAGCUUCACAGGGUGGUUUAUCAGCAGAUUAUCCAGACCUACCUGACUGUGUGUAAGGAUGUCAUCAUGGUUGGCCUUGGCGACUGCAAGUUUCAGACGCAGCUUCUACAGUGGAGCCUUGGACUUAUGCAAACAGUGAAGGGAUUCUUUUAUGUUUCAUUGCUUCUCGGCAUUCUGAAAGAGAUAACUGGAAGUUCCUUGACACGGAAAACAGACUCGGAGGAAGAGGUCGCCGCGGUAUUUGACAUGGUCCAGAAAGUAUUUCAGCGAAUGCUGGAGUGCAUGGCGCGGAGCUUCAAGAAGCAGCCUGAGGAGGGCUUGCAGCUCCUUUACUCCGUUCAGACUCCUCUGCACGAAUUCAUCGGCACGGUGCAAUGCUGGCACGUGGACACGCCUGUUCACCGCGGCGUGUUCUCCACCCUGAUCGCUGCGUCUGUGGUUGAGAUAAGCCACCAGCUCCGGAAGGUUUCUGAUAUGGAAGAGCUUACCCCGCCAGAGGGUCUUUCAGCCCUUCCACCAUUUUCAAGGUGUCUAAUAGGAAUAAUAAUAAAAUCUCCGAAUGUGGUCAGGUCAUUUUUAGAUGAAUUGAAGGCAUGUGUCAUUUCUGAGGAUAUUGAAGGCAUCGUUUGUCUCACAGCUGUUGUGCACAUUAUCUUGGUUAUUAAUCAAGGUAAACAUAAGAGUUCAAAAGUGAAGGAUGUUGCAGCUACUAUUGAUAGAAAACUAAAGGCAUUCAUGGAAAUUACUUUGGAGGAGGAUAGCUUGGAAAGGUUUCUUUACGAAUCAUCAUCAAGAACUUUGGGAGCACUUUUGAAUUCAUAA